CGCAACCCGCAACCCAACCGGAGCUCUCAAAGGGGCAGGGGUGUUAUAAACCUGCCUUAGGGACUCAACUCACUGCUGCGGGAUGGAGUCUCUUGCAGGAGCUAAAUGGUUGCUGCUACUCUGGAUGUGCUGCGGAUCUGCAAAAGCAGGUGGCCCAAGUGGCUACACGUCGGUCAUCGAGGUGACCAACGGGGGCCCUUGGGGUGACUGGGCCUGGCCGGAGAUGUGUCCUGACGGAUUCUUCGCCAGUGGGUUCUCGCUCAAGGUGGAGCCCGCCCAAGGCAUUCCUGGCGACGACACAGCUCUAAACGGGAUCCGGCUGCACUGUGCGCGAGGGAAUGCGGAGCGCAACACUCAUGUGGUGGAGUCUGAAUCUGGAAGGUGGGGCGCGUGGAGCGAGCCGCUGUGGUGUCCGGGCGGCGGCUUCCUUGUGGCUUUCACGCUCCGAGUGGAGCCUCCCGUGACUCGGGGAGACAACACCGCAGCUAACAAUAUACGCUUCCGCUGCUCUGAUGGUACGGAGCUGGAGGGACCCGGCCAGACCUGGGGCGACUUUGGAGACUGGAGUGACCCAUGCCCUAAAGGCGCUUGCGGCUUGCAGACCAAAAUCGAGCGACCUAGAGGCCUCCGCGACGACACCGCGCUAAACGAUGUGCGCUUUUUCUGUUGUAGUAGUUGACACCUUUGCUCCCUUCUCCCUGACCCAAGCUUGCUCCACCUCCAGCUAUUAAACCUCUCGUCUUGGC